CACAAGAGAAAAAGCAGCUUGUGUUAACACCACAGCCAAAGGAUUUUUCACCACAUUUUUGUUAUACUUGUUUCCAAGCAACCGGAACUGUAGCACAGCAGAAGUGACUUGUUUUUAAACCGCAGCUGUUCAGUCUUACCGUGUUUCUCUGGCUCUCCUGUGGGUCAAUUUCCCUUCCUCUCUAGCGAUGCAGCAACAGUACUUUUGAUAUUCGCAGUAGUCAAAUUAGCAGUUAUCUUAUUAUUUUAAUUUCUUUUUUACCCCGACCCUCAAAGCUCAAUAUCAGUUACUCAAGUUAACCAAGCCAUCAGCGCAGGAGGCUACAUGUGUUUUGUCCUGUUCCAGGGAUUUAUCAGUUUCCUCUCAGUACCAUUUACUAAGUACAGUACUGUAUUUGUUAAUGACCCUGUUAUGGGUAAAAAAAAAAAAAGAUGACUUGAUUUAACUGAAGUUGUGAAGUUCUUGAAAUUAACAUUUUCACCAAAUCAAGUAAGAAAAGCUAAUUGGAACAACACAUUUGAAAUGACUUAUGAAGCAAACAAAUUAUCACUGCACAGGUUUUUUCAUUAAUAUCAAGCUUUUAUCUUGAAGAACUAUAAAUUUGGUCUCAAUUGGGUGCGGAAUGACUCAUAACCUUUUUUUAAACAUCAUAUAAAAUGCUCUAAGGGUCCUUCAUAUAUAAGUUCCAACAAGUUUUAAUAUAUGAACCUGGAUUAAACCUAUUGUUAAAAAGAACAUUAACAGUGGUCAAGUGGUGAAUACAUUAAUAACAUAUUCAAAGUUCGUGCUAUUUAUGUUUGUUAUGCGUAAGAAAGCGGCCAUGCAUCUCAACCAUGGCGUCAAUCGGUGGAUGAAAGCAGUUCAACUCUUUCUGAUUUGCUGUUGACUCGUCCAGUAAAUAAAAAUCGGCAAAUCUUGGGUUGAAAAAGUUGGUUUAUUUGUGAAAUCCAAUUUAUACUGAUGCUAACAGUAAAAAAACCCGUUAACACAUCAAUAAGUAGAGCACCGAUGCGAUUACCAGCGGCGUUUGAGACGUCUUGGGUGACGCCAUCGCUUUCGGUGACGACGCGUUUUAAUUACGUCACAUGACUGUAAUCGAUCUAUGGAUUGGAAUUACCAUACUUGAACAUUCCGUACGGUUCCGGAAAUAUACACGAACGGCGUCCUUGCAUUUUCAAACUUCCGUAACGCCACCAUUCCAACGUGAGUGGAUGUGACCAGAAAAUAUCGAGACAUAUAAAGCCGGGUGGAUUUUGUUUUUUAAACAAGCUGCUGCCAUAAACUCCAACCGAAGGAUAGGGAAGAAGGAACAAGGCAAAACCAGUCACUGCCAGAUAGCACAGAUGGACGGGCGGGUUGCGUGAUUGAUAGAGGCGUCAUUUUUUCGCUUACGAAAAGCAACUGCAGACUUUAACAGGCACGGCACAACGCGGUUACUGCAAGGCGCUACAAUUCAAUAUUCCAAAUGCAGUGACAUUUAUAUUCCAGGAUAGAUUAUAUUUAAUUGCUUAGUGUUAUAUUAGGCUUCUAGUUAAAGACUAUAUAUAACUAAGUGAUCACUGACAGUGUAUAAUUGUUUCCAUUACUUCCACUUUGAUGGUUAAUCUACGAGAGCAUGCAUAUCUAUGUUAGAUUGUAAUGAACAUUUCAUAAUUUACUCGCACAACACUAUCGAUCCAAGUUGUUUAAUUUAAAUUAGGAGAGCAUUCAUUUGCUCCUGAAAUUUGCUUCCCCACCCACUCUACGGGCCUGCAACGAGACAAAUCCCGUCCUGCUGCCAAGGACCCCGCGUUGCUAAGUUACAAUGCCAAACAAGAGGAAACUUGGAUUUGCCGUGUGCAAGAAAGGAAACAUUGCAUUCCCGAGCUUUCUUCUCAACUUUGAGGAUUACACUUACCAGGGUCUGAUGCUGUUGGUAGGCUUUUAAAACGGAAGACUAUCACCACUUUGUUAAAUCAGAAUUGGGAAUACAAGACUAUGGUGAGUAAAUAGAUUCAUUUGUGUUGAUAAUAGUCAAGUACAAUAGAACAGAUACAAGUCCUCGCUUCAUCCAAUAAACCUUGAACAAAUUAUUUUGUAAGCCCGCACUAAAUCAAUCAUUGACUUUGGCCCAGUAUGUGUUAUCUAAUUGCAGGCAAUAAUUUCAUGCAAUAGUUUUCUAUAGGAGGUUAUAAUAGAACAAGCACCAUUGGAUAGCCCCUCUCAUCCUGAAGAUGAUGAAUGAGGCGAGAGAGGGCCUUGGGGUGUAUCACAGACACAAACACACGCGUACCUUGCUCUCUUAGACAGGGCGGGGGGAAGAGUCAAGCCUUCAUCACAUUCCUAAUAUCCCAUAACUAUCAUUUAUCAAAGUCCUGAUUUGACUCUUCACUCAUGUACAUCCACUUUAGGACAGUGAAGUCAUGUAUACCAUGACACUUACAUGUCUUAAGCACUCCAAAUAAACAAACGCUAUCCUUCCUGGCCAAACAAACACAGUCAGUGAUGGCGCAACAGUACUCAUUUGUUUUUGCUGCAUUACCCAGUGUCGCCUCUCUGCGGUUGUUCCCCUGCAUUAGCCUUAAUUAGCGAGUCGUGCUCUUAAAUACCCCCGAGGGCAACACCGGGUGAGUGCGCACUGGUUCAAACAUAAUGCUGCUGCCCGUACACAGUCAUACAAGCUCUUAAUUCCUCCGAGAGAAUGCUUUUCCUCUUGCCCCCGGUUAUACAUGAUCCUUUUUUACUGUGGGAAUAAAUCACAUAAGCUGUGCGCAAUCACACAUGAACACAUACUGCAAAUGUAUUCACUAUACAUGUAGGAAUAAGUCUAAAAAUGUGAGAUAAAUCAUGUGGUUAUGUCCUGUGUGUGUCGCAGCACCAUGACCAAAAGGAAAGGAAACACAGGGACAAAGGUGACACUCAAGGAUGCCAAAAAGGCCAUACGGAUGAAACCCGACGGGUGGCGCCGGCUCACACUAAGCAACAUGGGCAUUACUAUUUUCCCGCAGUGUAUCCUCAAACUAACCAACAUGGAUGAGUUGGAUCUCAGCCGCAACCAGAUUCAAAAAAUCCCAGAGGGUAUCGGGAAGUUGUCAUCGCUCAAGUGGCUGGACCUGCAUAGCAACAAGCUGGAAUCUGUGCCCGAGUCCAUCGGUAAACUGGUGGACCUGACCUAUCUCAACCUCUGUAAUAAUCGUCUCACCUCGUCAGGUUUGCCCACGACGCUGGGCUCUCUUACAAACCUGACGAGUCUCAAUCUGGGUUUGAACAAGCUGGAUGCCCUGCUUCCAACUAUGGUCCCUCAGGAGAGCCUCCAAGAGUUAGGCUUGUUUGACAACCUCUUUACCAUCCUCCCAGACUUUGUGAAAGCCCUCCACAAUCUGACUAAACUGAACAUAAAACGAAACCCAUUGCUGCAAGUGAAGCAGGCCGGUGAGGAAAUGGAAACUGAAAAGUCAGACGAGGAGGAUGGUGUGUACCUCGUCCACGAGAGUAGACUGUGUAAUAUGUGCCUGAAAAUAUGUAAAGACCCAGGAGGACGGCAUUUGAGAGGGGAUUGUGUGAGGAAGAAGUAUGAGGACAAAAGGUCUUACUCGGGACUCGUAACACCAAACUCGGUGGCUGCGGUCAAUCAGGAUGUGUGGAGAGCUAAGAACCUCGAACACUAUCAGUCUUUCGAAAGCAAUAUUUGAUAUGUUUUGACCAGUACAAGUCCGAAAGCAUUUGCUGUGUCAAUAAAUCGCUGUUUAU